AUGAUCAGCACCAUCAGCGAAGGCCCCACUCUGGCAGGACCCUCUAACCGAUCAAUGAAGCAAUAUGUGUGUGCCGCUCACUACCCUCAGGUCUUCGGAAUAGAAGAUGAUCAGUACCGUAAGGUUCCGAAGGUGGAUUGGGAACCCAUCACAUUUUGCGAAGAAGAGGAAGAAGGGAUCAUUUACCCCCACGAUGACCCGAUGAUCAUUCGGGCCAAGAUCGCCGACUACGAUGUAGGUCGGGUACUGAUCGACACCGGGAGUUCGGUAAAUGUGAUUUUUGCCGACGCAUUCAAAGGUCUGGGAGUUGCCGACAGCAUGGUCAAUCGGCAGAUAACGCCUCUACUCAGUUUUUCUGGGGAUCUGGUCCAACCAGUCGGUAGUAUCAGUCUACCCAUCGCCUUCAGCAUUGCCCCCAGAAAAACAAUGACCUACGACCAAUUCCUCAUCGUCAACUGUCCAACGGCACUCACCAGGGUCAAAGCCCACUUAUCCCCCCACAUGUUGCUGAUGAAGUUCCCUACCCGGAACGGUACCAGAGCUAUCCGGGGAUACCAGCUCAGCUCACGGACGUGCUAUGCAACUUCCCUUAAAUCGGCGGAGGUCUUCGCAUGGUCUUAUGAUGACAUGUCUGGCAUAUCACCUGACGUCAUCAGCCACAAGUUCAGCAUCUCUCCCGCCCAUAAAUCGGUCAGACAGAAGCUCCAUUCGUAUGAUGCCGAACGGUAUGAGGCCAUGCGUACCGAGGUGGACAAGCUAAAAGCCAUCGGCUUUAUCAGGGAAGCUACGUACCCGGUCUGGCUUGCCAACUCUGUCAUGGUUUGGAAGGCCAAAGGGGGAUGGCGGAUGUGUCAUGACUAUACCGACCUGAACAAGGCCUGUCCAAAUGACAGCUUCCCAUUGCCAAGGAUCGACCAGCUCAUUGACGCAACCGCUGGACACGAGCUGCUCAGCUUCAUGGACGCCUAUUCAGGGUACAACCAGAUUUUCAUGGACCUUGCCGAUAGCGAGCAUACGGCAUUUAUCAUCGACCGCGGUUUGUACUGUUACAACGUCAUGCCUUUUGGCCUGAAGAAUGCGGGGGCAACGUACCAACGGCUUGUCAAUCGAAUUUUUACUGAACAUAUCGGCAGCAUUAUGGAGGUGUAUGUCGACGAUAUGUUGGUGAAAAGCUGA